UUGCAAUGUAAUGGAACCACAACAAUGUUCCUUAGAGAACAAGUGUAAAAGUGACAUCUCUGUGAGAUGACGGCAACCCCAGUGAUAAUAUCACUGUCCAAUGUAGACCUGUUGUAUAGGUCAUGAUAAAAAGAGAAUCACACUUAAAGAUCAAUGAGGGAUUGCACCAAGCAUACUAUUAAUUAUAGCUUGGUGUCAUACAGAGUUAAGGAAAGUUUAUCUUGAGAUACUUGCAUCACAUAAUCGCAUUAUGAAUGUAUUAUAGACUUGUACAUAGCCUCAUGAACCAGUGCUUAUUGUAUGUACAAUACAGAACAGAUUGCUUGUGUGAAGUGGAUUGUGCAUUGACAUCAUUCACAAGUUUUGAAUGAAGUCACUCCCCACAGUGCAAAUCUUCUUUAUUUAGAUAUUGGCACUAGAAAUCCUUUUGUCACCAUGUUUUAAUUUAUUUGUUUAUUCAUUUGUUUUUAUUUUUUAAGCUUGUUCAUAACCCUACUUUUCAGUUUUGUAAUGUCUGUUAUGAGACCUUGUAACUAACUUUUUUAGUCACUGGAGAAAAGAAGUGCAGUACAAUAAUUUGUCAGUGUAAGUUGACUGUACAAUGGAGUGUGCCAAUAAGGAAGCAGUUUAAUGUUUGCUGCACCUCAGACAACACUCCAAAAACACCUGCCACUUUGGCUUGUGUUUUAAGUUUACUGUGAUACUUUAAAAGUACAAAUUUUCAUAGUUUCUUUCAUAUACAUACAAGACUUUCUCAUUGAAGGUGUCAGCUUUUGAUCUGUCAGGUUCUGCUAUUUGUUUUAUAUUCAUUGGUGAUGAGUCUGCUUUAUGUAUCUUUUAAUUGUCAGCCGGAGCCUAGUUGUUUUUGUCACCUUGUUUAAAACUAAAUUUGGGUUAAGUUUGAUGAAGGUAGUGGCUUAUCUGACAGUAUUACUUGCUUGAUAGGAAGGCGACAGGAAUUAACUCUGUGACAAAGGCCUGUGUGCUUUGUAGCUCCGCUUCAGUUCAAGGUCUUGGAAGACAAUGCCACCACAGAUUGCCAUUUUGGAACAGUUUUAGUAUGGUUUCCAAGUGACACCUGACCAUGCUCUGGGCACUAUUACUGAAUAGUUAGUACUUGAAUCUCACCAAGAUUUUACUUGGUUGAAAUAUACAUUAACAGUGUACGUCCAGUUCCUCUACACUGAGAUGUCAGGGACAGAACUAGGUAAAAUUCCUGUGGCUGUGUUUUAUGGGCACAGCAGGCUUGGCAAUGCAUUGUAGUACACUGUAAUAUGAGAUAAUUCAUAACUUUUUGCAGCAUGAACUGAAUGCAGUUUUAUUAAACAUUUUAUGUUUCACAUCUUUUCUACAUCAAGCAGACAUUAAUGUUUUACUAGCAACUCAUAUAGUCUAUUUUAGUUAGGUAAAACUGCAGAUUAGUUCAUUGCAAUGUUUUAAAUUUCUUCUAUUUUUCGUUGAUGUGUUUUGUUUUGUUUUGUCUUGCUCUGAGUUCUGCAUGGUUUAACUACAUGAAAGCUCCACAGGCCUUUCUACCAGAAUUGCCUCUAAUAGAAUCUGAGCAUCUAUAUAGAAGCUGAAGCUUUCUCUCAAAACUUGAAUAUUCUGACAGCUUUUAUAUCCAUAUAAUGAACACAUUUCUGGGAACAAGGUGAUAUUAGAUUAGCUGCACUUCAUGAUGCUUCAUUUUUCCCCAAGUUCUUCAAUGUUUCUCUACAGAAUACCAGGAAUGUCUUUCUAUGGAGUGUAUCUUAAGGAAAACUUCUACAGUGUAUACUGGGCUCUAUUACCAUGUAAAUAUUCAUCUUUACCUUUGGAUUCCAUUAUUGGGAAACCUCUACUGUUAAAGAUCUGUAUUCUCAGCAGAUUGUAUGUGCCAGUUAUUACUUGUACAUGGUUCACUCGUGCAGUAACAUGUCAAGACCACACCAGUCAGAUACCAACACAAUCCACCCUUCUUCAUUCUUCACAAUCCCUCUUUCAUGCUUUCCGUUCUACUUCUGAUCUCCUCUCUCUAUCUUAAUCUUGAACUCUCCCUCUUACUCUUUCAUUACAAUAAAUAAGCUUCUCAUCCUGGACUUAAUUCUUUCUACAAUCCACCAACCUUGUUCGUUCCUCACAUUUUGUGUUUUCUCUGCAAUUAUUUAUUGAUUCGUCUUGGAAAUAUAUGCAUCUUGCCAUUCUUUUGUUUCCAACAUCUGAGCUGAUGAAUUUUAGGUCAUUGGUUGGUGUUGGUUUUGCAGUAGUUUUUUUUCUGUUCCACUUCUGAGAAUCCCUUCAUCUUGCAUCAUUAUCUUUGUGUUUAGGUAAAAACAUCUUUUAUCCUCUGCUUUUAAUGUUUUCUUUUCUGACUCUUGCAGCACACACACAUACAUUACUACUAGCAAUCUUCUUGAUUUUAUUCAAGAAUAGCCUUUUUAGCCUCUCAGUACAUAACAUCUGUUAUUUCUGCUGAACUAUUAGUCAUAUUGGUAUUGCACUUAAUACGCUUAAUCUUGUCCACUCUGUUGCAAGAAUUUUGUCAUGCUUUAUUUUCUAAAUCCCAGUACUCCUAAAACACACUUUCAGGAAAUGAGCUCCAACAAGCUAUGAUUUUUAACCUGGUCUCAUUCAUCAUAUCCAAAUUACCAGUAAACAGGAAACAGCACGUCUCUGAUGGAUAUGCAUGAUUCAUUGAGCUGUGAUACCCUACCUGUUUCCAUGCUGUAACUGCUCACUAACUAUUUCUUGGAUCUCUUGUUGCUUGUCCUGCUGUUAGAUUUUUACCACAUUUCUUCCUUUCCUUUCCAUACUUUCAUGACUUCCCUUUAUUCUUCAAUGACGAGUAAAUUUUUUAUUUACUGAAAUUGUUCCUUCUAUUCCACUGGAUUAAUACAAUAUUCAGUUCUUGUGCCUUCCAUUGUGUCAGACAGGUCUCAUUUGGCUUGAUGCUUCCAAUUAGUAAUUCAUUUAAACUUAUUUGGAUGACUGCAACAAAGAAUGGGAAAUCUUCAUGCCUGUAUUGGACACAUUAGAUCUACAUGUGGACUUGUCAUGUUUGGAUUUUUUAGGUCACACUAAUUUACACACUCAUGUCAUGCCUACAAUUUAGGUUACCCUAGAUUUACCCACAGAUGUCAUACUCUAAGUGCCCUUUACUCACUCCACCACUCAGUGUUUUCCUUGUCUAAUGAUGAGUCUACCCACUUCCAGUCCUCCCAUAGAACAAGUGUUAGAUGGUGUAUUCUGGAUGAUGCACACGGAAGGUAUUUGUGCAUAAGGUAUCAGAGAAAGCAAAACUUGUUGUUAUACAGUUGAAGUACUUGGUUGUUUACUUGCCAAACUUUUGUAUUCAUCACCAAGAUGGAUUGUUGUCUCUGUACAAAAACUUGAAAGUUCUUUGGUAGUAGGGUUGUUCAGUUCUCAGCAACAGAUUGGUGUGUUGACUUGGUGUGAAUGGUCACCUUUGUAUUUUGUUGUGAGGUGCUGUGGUUGCUCUGCUCUCUGUGAGGUUUGAUGAUGUCUGAUAUUGAGGAUUUGUUGACUCAGUGUUUUCAGUUUUCUAUUGUUUUGUCAUCAUGUGUCUGCUGCGUGAGGGAUGAUUUUUUUAAGCUGCUUAUAGUUUUUCUUAUGCAAUUGUGUGACAUUUUGCUGACUCAAAGCUUUACAGUUAUAUUCAGAUCCAAUGUUAUACAGCUAUUUUCUUUUACUAUCAUAUGAGCAUACCUCCCACUCAAAUAUUUAAUUACCAAGCAGCAUGAGAAGCUCAGCUUACAACUAGGCACUAUAAAGAAAAAAAAAGUUAGAAUAGCCAGGCUUUCCUACAAGCAGGUGACUCAGUUGUCACAAUUAUUUAUAUCACAUUGAUUUGUAUCCUUUAGGCUUAUUUUGUAAUGUUAGGUCCUGACAACUUUUAUGCCAUACAAGCCUUACUUUAUACCUCCAUGACUUUAGUACCAUGCAAGCAGUCUUACUUUGUGCAUUGCAAGACUGGCUCUGUACCUCAUGAAGCUCCCCUUGUACCCAACGAAGGAUGUCUGUAUUUUUAUAAGCCUUUUCUAGUAGCACAAGAUUUACUUGUACCUUAGCAUGGCUCAUGAUGUACUUGUAAGACCUAGCUUACAUUUGCAGGUAUGAUGUAGGUUGCAAAUUUUGUCAUUGCUACAAAACUCAUUCUCCACCUUAUAAAGCUUACAUCAUACUUGUUUGCUGUAUGGGGUAUCUUGCAAGGCCCCAUGUAUGUUGAGAGGCUUAGAGUGUAUCUGCAAUGUGCAGGUUAUAGCUUACAAGGUUUGUAAAUACUUGGAAGAGAGUAUUUGCCUGUAGACCUUGUUCCUUGGAGGACUUGCCGUGGCUGAGGCAGUUUUCUCUUACAAGUGUAACAGAACAACAUGUAGCCCAGUCUGCUGCUUUUGCCACAGAGUCAUAGUGGAAAUAGCAUCUGAUGGGUAAUGUGUUUACACUAUUGGUUAAUCUUUAUAUUUGUAAAGUGGCAACUUGAGCAGAAGAGAGACUCCUGCCUGAAAAUCGUAGUGCUAAAUUCUGCCACAAUGUCACUACUUUGAUUAGAUUUAUGUCUCUUUAUAAGAUGUGUGUGCGUGUGUGCGUGCUUGCGUGUGUGUUUUUGUAGUUGUGACACGAAAAGAGUGAUGUUGAUUGUGUUCCAUCUUCUUAUCUGCUUUUAUCAAACUUGCCUUCAAAUUCUUGAUUGUGUCUUGCAUGGAUCCUAUUUCUGCACUAAGGUUGUUCCAGAUUUUUCAGCUUCUUUAUAGUAAGUUUUAGAUAUCUUGUGCAUGUCAUCCAUCUCAACCUUUCUACGAUCUUGUAUAUCCGAGUUGCACACAAACACUUCUUACGUCUUUCCUUGUUCAGUGAAUUACCCCGGUUAACGAUCAUCUUUGUUGCUGUUCUUCAUUUGUGUUUGAUUUACUGUAUGUUUUCCCUAUUGUUUGAUGAUUCACUGUCAUCUCUGAUAUCACACUAAGUCUUUCCUCAUACAGUGAUUCACCCAUCAUAGGAAUUGUUUUUUGUUGCAGCUCUUAUUCCUAUUCAAUUAACUUUAUACAUCUCCUAUUGCCUGGUAAUCAUACUACUACUGUAUAUUCAAGCUUUGGGUGAGUCAUUGAUACAUUUAGUUUCUUCCUGAUAUUUGAGCACAAUUUGUACAUUUCUCGAUACGUUGUCUGCUUCUCGGGUAAUUCUGUUUGUGUAUCCCUGUGAUAUCAAGUUAUCCUGUGUUACUCAAUUCUUUCAACAUUGAUUUCUUGUUUUAAUCACUAUAUUUUUUUGUCAUUGAGUUUGGUGUGUGUGUGUGUGUGUGUGUGUGUGUGUGUGUGUGUGUGUGUGUGUGUGUGUGUGUGUGUGUGUGUGUGUGUGUGUGUGUGUGUGUCCGUCCGUACGUCCGUCCUCUCGAAAGAUAAACACUCUAAGUAGGAGUAGGACUUGUAGAUGUCACAGAAAAUUAUCAGACUUGCUUCUGCAUAUAUCUUGUAAUAUUUACCCAAGAUUUAUUACAGGAUGUAGGUUAAGAGCUAAGUCUUAUUCUCAGAAGAUAACCGAGUGUGUAUGCGUGUGUUGCCUGUUCUUAGAAACUUGGUGAUUGUUUUAUUUUGCCUGAGUACUCAAUUCCUAAACCCCAUCCUGCAUUAGUAGAGAUCUUGUUUACAGUACUUCUGUGUCUGAAGAAUAACAGUACUUGUCUGGAUAUCCAUACUAGCCUCAACACUUGUAUAUGUGUACAUGAUUUGUGUCCAGAUGAACUGUGUAUGCCUGUUGAGUUUACUUACACUUUUCCCUCUGUCGUGUGUGUGUGUGUGUCCUGGUAUUAUUAAGCAUUAUUAACACACACCAUCAUGGCUGCUAGGGACACUGGAAAGAUUGUAUCACCAUCUCAUAAACAUGCUAACCAAUCCCAGACUUUGAGGGUGGUAACAUAGGAGACAUUUGUAAUGAAUGAGUGGUGUGAAUGCAGCUCAGGCAGGCAGCUUAUGUGAAUGAAAACCAUCUGGGACACUGAAGCCUGAAGACAGAACCCACAACACCUGCACUUGUUGGUACCACCUACAUAAAGUUACAAGUCUGUGCUGGAGCAUCUGUACCCAUGUAGAGCUUGUGUGUGUGCCUCUCUGGUCCAGGGCAAGAGUGAAGACAGGAUUCAGCUGGUCUUCAUGCAUCUCUCAGACUACCUGGAGUUUUAAGAAGGGGAUAUUUAUUGGCUUGGGGAGCAGCGCGGCGAGAGAAACAAGGAAGGAAUAACAGCUGGAGUGGAGGAACUGUGGCAGAAUCCCUGAGGAGAGGCAGACUGGCUGAGAGAUGAUUGCAGGACCUCAGGCAAGGCUUUUUUUUUUUUCUUUUCCGCGGUAUUAGGGUGUUGAGGGUCACCUUUGUGUGUGUGUGUGUGUGUGUGUUUCUGAACACUGGCGUGAUAUUUACUAUCCUCCUUAGUUGAGCUUCUCUCUCUCUCUCUCUCUCUCUCUCUCUCUCUCUCUCUCUCUCUCUCUCUCCUCAAAACUUGCUGAAGUGAAAGUCUGACACGGAUUUAAUCUUUCCGUCUUUAUUUCCGUCAGCGAGUGGUCUGGUUUUCAUUGCGUGUUAACUUGUGCCAAAGUUGCGAAAAAGUCAUGCAGCACUUUUAAUUAUUUUUUUUAUUUUUUUCUAAUGCUCUGUGUGUGUGUGUGUGUGUGUGUGUGUGUGUGUGUGGAGGGGACGAAGUGGGAGGCGCUUGUCAGGGUAUUUCUGGGUGUAGUGUUAGGUUGGCCGCCAGAUGCAGCUUCCCAUUGGUUGCCUUUCUCAGCCCUCACUCACUGCCAAGUACACACUGUUACUAACUUACAUGCUUCAUGCACGCCGUUCACCUUCUUUCACCCGAGACUUUUUUGACGCAUGAAAAUGUAAAUAUAGUUGUGCCCCGCGUGUAACUGUCAAUAUCCGAUGUAUUUCACAAUUUCGGUGCCGAUGGAUAGGAAUAAUUUUUGAACGCGUUGGCUGGCAGUGUGUGUGUGUGUGUAACUCCUCUCUCAGUGGCUGGUGUACAUAAUGACCUGCUCUGAGAGGGGGGGAGGAAAAGGCUUUUGAUCUUGGCCGUAGUGUGAGGCAUUGCGCGUGUGUGGAAGGGUGUAUUGUCGAAGAUAACGUGGUGAGAUAGGACUGGCAGUGACGGGAGAGCAUAUUAGAGGGCCAACACUAAACAAAAACCCAUUCAAAUACCAGGGCCUCUGUUAAACAUGGCCAGUGUCAUCUCAAGAGGCAGCCAGGGGUUCCUGAAGUGGAGCGUAGGGACGCGGUUGAGUCAUGCCCAGGCUGCAUGUAGGGACAUCCUUCAAGGGGAGCUGGAGGGGAUCAAGGCCGCUGGCACGUGGAAAAACGAGCGCGUGAUCACCAGCAAGCAGGCCGUCACCAUCCGCGUGGAGGGCCAGCACGCAAGUGUCCUGAAUUUCUGUGCCAACAACUAUCUUGGCCUCUCAAGUCACCCUGAGGUGGUGCAGGCGGGGAAGGAUGCUCUGGACAAGUAUGGCGCAGGGCUGUCCUCUGUGCGCUUCAUUUGUGGCACUCAGACCAUCCAUAAGGAACUCGAGGAAAAAAUAUCAAAGUUCCACAGUCGUGAAGAUUCCAUACUUUAUGCCUCUUGCUUUGACGCUAACGCUGGGCUGUUUGAGAUCCUGCUGACCCCACAAGAUGCCGUUCUGUCGGACGAGUUGAAUCAUGCCUCUAUCAUUGAUGGCAUUCGUCUGUGCAAAGCUCGGAAAGCCAGAUACCAGCACAAGAAUAUGCAAGACCUAGAAACCAAGCUGCAAGAGUUUAAGGAUGCACGCAUGAAGCUCAUCGUGACAGAUGGAGUGUUCAGCAUGGAUGGCAAUGUGGCACCUCUGCCAGAAAUAUGUGCCCUGGCUGAGAAGUACAAUGCUAUGGUGUUUAUUGAUGAGUGUCAUGCUACAGGCUUCUUUGGGAAAACAGGAAGGGGAACAGAGGAACACUUUGGUCUUCAGCCAGGUAAGGUGGACAUCAUCAACAGCACACUGGGCAAAGCAUUGGGUGGGGCAGCAGGAGGCUACACCACUGGGCCCAAAGAAUUGAUUUCUCUUCUGCGACAGCGGGCAAGACCUUACCUCUUCUCUAACUCACUGCCACCACCAGUUGUUGCCUGUGCCAGUAAGGUCUUUGAUUUACUCCUUGGAAGUUCAGGAUAUGCUGAAAAAGUUCAAGCCAACACAGACCGAUUCAGAUCUCAGAUGACUGAUGCUGGAUUCAUUAUUGCUGGAGAGAACCAUCCCAUCUGCCCAGUCAUGCUGGGAGAUGCUCGUCUUGCUUCAGUCUUUGCUGACCAGAUGUUAGAAAGAGGAAUCUUUGUCAUAGGCUUCAGCUUCCCAGUGGUUCCCAAAGGGAAAGCAAGGAUCAGAGUUCAGCUUUCUGCAUCACAUUCAUUUGAAGACAUCGACCGCACAGUUGAAGCUUUCAAGCAAGUCGGCAAGAGUCUUGGUGUAAUCAACUAAGAAGGUAGUAGUUAGUGGAUACAGUGAUCUAAUGAAGAAGAAUGAAGAUAGAGGCUACGGAAAGUAGGGAACAAACCUUGGUAAAUAGCAGUGCUGGAUGGUCACACUCCUUUCAUAUUUAAUAUUCAUUGAUUAUUUUUAUAUACAUGUGAGGGUUGACAUCGAUGGUAUAAUUGUCUAUAACUCUAUAUGUAUCCACCUCUUUGGCUGUCUUCAGGAUACUUUCCUUAUAAACCACAUCAAAAGUUUACAGGUGUGACAUUGAUGUUUAUGUAAAUUACAAUGAGAUAUUAAUCCACAAUAAAAAAAAAACAGCAUUACAUCAUGUGGUUUAUAAGGAUGAAGAGAGAGCUCUGAUACUUUCACCAUCUCUUUCAGAUUCAGCACUGCCACUCUUCUUAUUAACACUACUUGCAAUUCUACUCUUGUGAAAGCAGUCUUACUUCUAGUAUGUAACAUUUUAUUACAGUUUUGUCAAGAUAGCAAGUUAAUAGUUAGUUACACUGUGUGUCACUGCAUCAUCAGCUGUAAUCUUUACGUAAAUAGUCUCUCAGUAAAAGAUUUGAUAAAUUGUUGAGAGGAAUAAUAAAUAUAUGAGUGCCAAAACUGUAUGGCUAGUGGGUCAUGACAUUGGCUCAUCUGAAGGAGUGGUUCUGUGCCUACAACAAAAUGUACAAGGUUUACUCACCAUGGCCAGGCACCACAAUUUCCAUUAAUGGCUGUUUUAACCAACAAAAAAGCUGUUAAACAAAUCACCCACUCUCUCUCUCUCUCUCUCUCUCUCUCUCUCUCUCUCUCUCUCUCUCUCUCUCAGCACCAUUGAUGUUAAAAAUAUAUGGAUUCAAUGGCAUGAAAUAUGAAAAAUAGUAGACCUAAUUUUUUUGUACAUCACCUUGCUGCUGCUUAAUAAAUUAUUAUUACCAGUACUA